AUGGGAUGUACUACAACCAAAACCAAAGGAACUGUUAGAAUUCAGUAAUUACCUGAUUCUCCUUUGACUGCGAGACCAAUUUAGUAAUACAAUCAAGAGGAGGAUGACUAGGAAGCUAUUAAAAUUUUAAUAAUGAAUCAGUCAUUUUCAAAGAAUAAUAAGCAAAUUUAUCGAGUAAAAUCCUAAAACAAUAGCCCAAGACAAAAUUAAUAAAUCAGUGAUAAUCUUGGAUUGCUUCAGGAUUUAGAGUCACAUUUAAAUUAAAAAUCAUAGAAACGAUAGACAAAGCUUAAAAAAUCAGCAGAGAAGGAAUCUAGAAAAUCAAAUACCCCAGAUAUGCCUCGUCCCAUAACUUAUAAAAAUAAUGGACAGCAGAGAAUAAUAAUAGCUGAAAAACCUGAAAUGAAUGACGUCGAAUAAAUCAAAAUUGACAAUGACUUUGACUUGUUAUUCUCUAAUUCAUCAUUUUCAACUUCUGGGAAAUAAAAGUUUAGAGGAAUCAAGACUAAUUCUUAGCUUCUAUCAUAGUUAUAGUUUUCAAAGAUCUAACUGAAUGAAUCUUCACUUUAGAUUGUCAAAGAAGAAAUAACUGAAGAAGAUUUUCAAACUGAAGAAUUAUAACAAAUUUAAUCUGAUAAAUAUGAUUGCUCAACUGUAUAUUCCAAAAAUGCACUAAGCAGAUAUUCAACAUUAGACAAAAAUGAUAGUAAGAAUACAAUGCUUGAAAUGCCAACUGAUUUUAGCUACAGCAGGUUUUCCUCUAUAAGCCACUAUAAGAACAAAGAAUAUAGAAUCCAGAACUCUUCUGAGUUUUGA